AGCUUGUGAACAUACAGCUCGACCGAUACUGAUACCCUCCAUAGCAUGGUUGCACACAACGUGUUUAAGACAAAUCAAGUACUGAAUGUAUAAUUACAAUGUCAAACAAGAAGAAAGUAAAACCAUUUUAUCCGAAAAAAAAGAAAAUACCUGAAACAAAAAUAAUAUCGGAACUACAGUCCAAGUAUGAUGCGAUUGAUGAAACGAAAAUCACAAAAUUUGCAGACCUUCCUCUGUCGUCAAAAACUUUGAAAGGUCUGGCAGAAAAUGAUUAUGUUGAAAUGACAGAUAUCCAAAGGCAAAGUAUUGGAUUAGCAUUAAGAGGCAAUGACAUUUUAGGAGCAGCAAAAACUGGCAGUGGGAAGACCCUAGCAUUUCUUAUUCCAGUUUUAGAGAUAUUAUAUUGCAAACAAUGGACAAGAUUAGAUGGACUUGGCGCAUUAAUUAUUACGCCAACCAGGGAACUUGCUUAUCAAAUAUAUGAAACUCUACGUAAAGUCGGCAAGCAUCAUGAUACUUCUGCUGGUCUUAUUAUUGGUGGAAAGGAUUUAAAAUUUGAGAGAAAACGAGUGAAUCAGUGUAACGUUAUUAUAUGUACUCCUGGACGUUUGUUACAACACAUGGAUGAAAAUCCAUUAUUUGAUUGUGUAAAUAUGCAGAUAUUAGUACUGGACGAAGCUGACAGAUGUUUAGACAUGGGUUUCGAGCAAACAAUGAAUUCUAUUAUUGAGAAUCUACCAUCGGAACGACAGACUCUUUUAUUUUCUGCAACGCAGACGAAAUCUAUAAGAGAUUUAGCCAGAUUAAGUUUGAAAGAUCCCGUGUACGUAUCUGUACAUGAACACGCCACACAUACUACACCUGAGGCACUUCAGCAAAGUUACAUUGUUUGCGCCUUAGAAGAUAAAAUGUCUAUGUUAUGGUCAUUUAUACGAAAUCACUUAAAGCAAAAGAUUAUUGUAUUUCUUUCAAGUUGUAAACAGGUCAAAUAUGUGUAUGAGGUAUUUUGUCGUUUACGACCUGGCGUGAGCUUAUAUGCACUUUAUGGUACUUUGCAUCAACUUAGAAGAAUGGAGAUUUAUGAGACGUUUUGCAAGAAACAAUGUGCAGUUUUAUUUGCCACGGAUAUUGCUGCUCGUGGAUUAGAUUUUCCUGCUGUAAACUGGGUUGUACAAAUGGACUGCCCCGAAGAUGUAAACGCGUAUAUACACCGGGCGGGUAGAACAGCCAGAUUUCAACGAGGCGGUGAAUCUUUAUUAGUCUUACUACCUUCUGAAGAGAAAAUGAUUGAGAAAUUGCAGGAACGAAAAGUUCCAAUAUCCAUGAUACAAAUUAAUCCAAAGAAAUUGCUAUCUCCACAACGUAAAAUGGAAGCACUAUUGGCAAGAGAUGUUUCAUUAAAGGAGAGUGCACAAAGAGCAUUUAUAGCAUACAUUAAAUCUGUGUUUUUAAUGAGAGACAAAGAAGUUUUCAAUGUUCGUGCAUUAAAUACUGAUGCAUUUUCAAGAUCUUUAGGCUUAGCUAUACCCCCAAGGAUUCGAUUCCUUCAAAGAAUAGAUCAAAAACAACGGCAAUCAAGUAAUAAAAAUUUAGAAAAAAGGCAGAUUGUUACAAACACUGAAUCAAAGAAUGAUGAAAAUGAACAAAGAAAUAUUAUUAAUUAUAAUCACAGUAGCGAUGAGGAAAACGAAGAAGAAAUUGCAUCUCAAACAGCAAUUUCGAAUGAUUUUGUAGCUGAUGAUAGUGAUGAUGAUGAUAUAUUAACUGUAAAAAGAAAAAACAUAAAUUUGGAUGAUAUAUCAGUUACUGUUAAUGACAAGGAGAACGAAAGUGUAAAUAAGAAGAAAGUAGUUACAAAAACCGCAGUAGCUAAAAAGAUCCUCCGAAAAAAGAUAGUACCAAACAAAAAAAUUACUUUUAAUGAGGAGGGUGAGGAAUUAUUGAAUCCUGCCAAAGUUAAAGUCUCGAAAUUAGCCAAAGAAUACGAGAAUGAAGAGAGUUCUGGAAUUAAUAUAGAAAUAGCUAAACAGGUGUUACGUGAAGAAGAUAAGUUUGAUAAGCAACGCUUUAAAGAAAAAGUAAAGGAAAAACAUAGAGAAGAGAAACGAAAAUUAAAAGCUAUUGACAAGAAGAAGGCUAUUGAUGAAGACGAUCAAGAUGAAAUUGAGGAUACUGCAGAUGAAUAUAAUAGCGAUAGCGAAUCCAGUGGACCAGAUUUAUCUUGGUUACCAGAUCCAGAUAAAAUUUACGGUGAACGACAAGAAAAUGAUGAAACAUCGAACGCUUCCGAUAUAUCAAAAAGUGCAGACGAAAGCGAAGAAGUCGGCGAAAUACAUAGACCACCUAAACGAAAACUGAUAACGCAAAAGGAAUACAAAAAGAAGAAAAAGCAAAAAACAUUUUCCGUGAUAGAUGAUACAAAUCUAAAAGCAGACGAGGAACUAGCAUUGCAACUUUUACAACAUUAGAUUCUUACCUGUAAUACAGAAUUUUAAUGAUCUUUGUAUAUUCUAUUGUACAACGUUUUUUUUUAUA